CUUUAUUUUAUAUAUUAUCUUGGCUUGAUUUAGUCAUAUUAAAUACUUGAUUUAUAUUUUAUUAUAGCCCAGAUUAUAUUAUAUUUAAGUCCCGUUUACUCUUUAUUUUUAUUUCCGUUUUGCUAAAAUCUUUAUAUAAAUGAAACUGCUUAAGAAGAAGAGUAAACAAAAGAAGGUUGUUCCAGGCCAUAAAGUCAAGUAUGUUCUUGACUGUACUGGACCUGCAAAUGAUAAUAUCAUCAACACCGCUGGACUUGAGAAGUUUCUUCAUGACAGGAUAAAGGUAGAUGGAAAGACAGGAAAUUUAGGAACCAAAGUACUUGUUACAAGAGAGAAGAACAAGAUCCACGUCACAACCGAAGUUCCUUUCUCCAAAAGAUACAUCAAAUAUUUAACGAAGAAGUAUUUGAAGAAGCAGCAGCUGCGUGACUUUUUGAGGGUGGUGGCGAAUAAGGAACACUCGUAUGAAUUAAGAUACUUCCAGUUAAAUGAGGAAGCAGAGACAUAA